AUGGCCAUGCGACAGGUCGGGCCAAGUGAGUACCAAGCUAAGAAGGAUGAAGUACAAAGACACACUACGCAGGAACUCAGAAGAAUGUCAUCUCGCACGGACAAAUACAGGGUCCCCUCUGCUGCUAGUGUUCGUGCUUUCAAUGCGUUUACUAUCCGUCAUACUACAGAUACAGGGUCCCCUCUGCUGCUGGGUGAUGGUGCUUUCAAUACGUUUACUAUCCAUCAUACUACAGAUCCAGGGUCCCCUCUGCUGCUGGGUGUUGGUGCUUUCAAUCCGUUUACUAUCCGUCAUACUACAGAUACAGGGUCCCCUCUGCUGCUGGGUGAUGGUUCUUUCAAUGCGUUUACUAUCCGUUAUACUACAGAUACAGGGCCCCCUCUGCUGCUAGGUGUUGGUGCUUUCAAUGCGUUUACUAUCCGUCAACAACCGUUGACUAAGUGUCUACCGCGCAGAACGCUUCGACAACUGCGUACGAACGUUGUGACAAACACCACAGACAUCGAUGCAGCAAGCGACGACGAGACAAUGGUAGGAAGGACAUUAAACCCCGCAGUCGCAUACUACAAAACUUUGAACGGACACGCGAGUCCUUAA